CCCCUCUCUCUGUCGCUCUCAGAAUAACCUCGGCCGCUCGAUGAUGCGCUCGCUGCUCCUCGCCACCUGCCUCGCGGCCGCGUCGGCCUUCGUGCCGCCCAGCGCGGUGCCCGUCGGCGGUGCGCAGUCCGCCGUCACCAUGCAGCAGCGGCCCAAGGUCACCCAGAAGGCCAAGCCGCUCUCGCCAGGCUCCAACUACCCCUCGACCAAGAACAUCCAGAAGCAGGCCAGUGGCUUUGGCUCCUUCCUGCAGAGGUUCCAAAAGACGGAGGGCAAGUCCAAGUACGGCAUGCCAAUCUUCCUGCCCAACGGCAACAUCAACCCAAAGUACCUUGCGGCGGAGCGCGCGGAGAUGGCUGCCAACCAGAAGCUCAACAUGAAGGCCGAGGCGGCCAAGACCAAGAAGAUGAAGGCGAAGGGCACCUUCUUCCUCGACGACUACAUCCGCAAGAAGGUUGGCAACGUGGGCUCCAACAAGGAGUACUACCAGUCGGGCCGGUAAGAGAUCGGCGCGCCGGCCGUGGGCGUGAGGCUGUGCGACCUCGCGAAUGGGACAGGCGAAUGACCGCGACGUGCGCGGCGACACAGCACCCGGCGACACAGAGCCCAAUGCGUGUUAGCCGCGCACUUCAAUCGGAUCCGCCUCCCCUGUAGCAAGUAGCGCGCGGGCCAGCUGCGUCAUCGGUUUGCCGUCCCCUGUGACGUUUUUUUUGUCUCGUGAGAUCUGAUAGAACGUGUGAGCGAGAUCCCCAGAGAGAGUUAAAC